AACAAAUUUCAACAGUGUUUAUACUUUUUUUUCCUUUCAUUCUCUCAAGGAAAAAAAAUAAAGGAACUCUCCAAAACCCUCUUCCUCCUUUUUUCUUUGUUUUUCCUCUACUUUCCCCCACUUUCCAACUCUCUCUCUUCUUUCUUUUCACAACACUUUCCCUCUCAUUUCCUUCCUUAUACCAUGAGUCCCGUUUCCUUCGCCCGUGACUUCCUAUCCCUACUUCUUCUCCUCCCAAAUCACUCCCCAUUUCUCUCAUGACUCUCUCUCUCUCUCUCUUUCCUUUCCCUUUCCUCCAUCAGAAAAUCAUCGCAGCCGUUCAUUAUGCGGUCCCCACUGGCUCUUCGCAACGGCGAGACACCUUCCCCUCACCACGGAAUCUCAACACCUUCCUUUCACUCCACUGUAACUCUCCGUAAACUCAGACGAUUCAACUUGUUGAUUCUCGUCUUCCGACUCACCGCUUUUGCUUUCUCCCUCUCUUCCUCCGUUUUCAUGGUCACCAACUCUCGUGGCUCCGAUUCCCCUCAUUGGUUUGAUUUUGACGCUUUCAGAUUUGUUUUCGCCGCAAACGCAAUCGUGGCUUUGUAUUCGCUUUUCGAAAUGGGCGUUUCCGUUUGGGAGAUCUCCACCGGAGCCACUCUCUUCCCCGAAAUCCUCCAAGUUUGGUUCGACUUUGGCCACGACCAGGUAUUUACAUAUUUAUUAUUGUCGGCGGACUCGGCGGGAACGGCGUUGGCGAAGACGUUAAAAGGGACAACCACGUGUACAACGUCGAACUCGUUUUGCGUUCAAUCUAAUAUUUCGGUGGCGUUGGGUUUCGCCGGCUUUUUGUUUCUAGGGUUAUCGUCUUUGCUAUCGGGUUUUCGAGUCGCCUGUUAUAUAAUCAGCGGCUCUCGUUUCCUUAUGUAGAUUUUAGAAAGAGAAUAUUUUUGGUUGUGUGAAGUAGGUGUUGGACUUUUGCCGUAUACCAUACGCUAUGACUUUUUUUCCCUUCAUGUGAUGAUAGUGAUGAACGGUGAUUGAUUUACUGAUUUGUGUUUAUUUUACCACGAUGACGUGGCCAAUGAAA